AUGACACACAACUUAUUCAACGGGUUACGGAUAUUUUUUCGGCCGCUGCUGGUCGGGCUCUUCAACACCACCAUCUCCUGGAGCAUGAGAUGGCGCGUAUUAGUCCUGCAACAGUUUGUCAUCCUGACGUAUACAAUCCCAGCGGCACCGUAUCUAUUUUCACGCCCUUUCGUCACUGAAUACCUCCCCGUCUUUCCUAAGCGCUCUGUUCGCACACUGGUGUUCAAAGGCAAGGGAACAGGGACCGGCCGCAAGCUGCGCCCGCUGCAUAUUGACAUCCAUGGAGGCGCCUUUAUCGGCGGCAUUGCUGAGCAAGAUGCAAGCAUAUGCGAGAUGUGGGCAAACGAAACGGGCGCCAUUGUCCUUAGUAUCACGUACCGUUUUGCUCCUGAGAAUGUAUUCCCUGCGGCCAUUGACGAUGUUGAUGCGACGGUGCAGUGGAUCAAAGACAAUGCAGAGAGCCGAUGGGGAGCAGAUCCUACACUCUUGACUGUUUCUGGCGCAUCUGCCGGGGGUAAUAUGGCUGUGGCAUCGACUCAGCAACCAAACUGUCAUGGCGCCUCUUCCACCGCGUACAAGGGCAUCAUCACAUCGUACGGCGUGUAUGAGCUGAGGCUGGCGCCCUGGCAGAAGCCUAUUCCUGAGAAGAUGCCAAAAAGCGAUCCAACUGCCUUCCUUCAGCCACUCUUUGAUUCAUACGCGGCCCCAGCCCGGGCCAGGCACAUUGACGACCCUCGACUGAGUCCCAUUGUCGCCAACCGGGAAACACUGCCGGACCGCAUAUUGAUGGUCAUUGCCGAGACUGAUAUUCUUCUCGAAGAGCAAACUCAGUUUGCGAAGCGUAUCAAUAAAGAAGAUGAGCGCGCUGGCUGGGUAGGCAAGCCUCGCGUUGAAACUAUGUUUGCACCCGAAGGCUUUCACGGCUGGCUUGAGCUACCAGAUUUGAUCAUAAAGAAAGACUUGAAAGAAAAGUAUUGGACACGAUGCGUCGAAUUCUUGAAAGAAAUCCACCAAUCCGAGGGCUGGACCUGGGAAACGCGCACGUAG